CUGUGCGAUAACAGUUUGCCGUGGAGCUUGUGAUAAACACAGAGCCGCCGUGAAUCCACACUUCCAGUUGCUCUCGUUCUCCAACAGGCGUUAGACAAACCUGAUCAGCCACUCUUCCCCGCAAGGCAACGAUGUCCCUCUCUGGCUGGGUGUGUGUGGUUACUGGUGCCUCCAGGGGCAUCGGCAGGGGAAUAGCGCUGCAGCUGUCUGAGGCCGGCGCUACCGUUUACAUCACAGGACGGCAGGAGAAGACCCUCAAACAAACUGCGGCAGAGGUGACCGAGAGAGGUGGCAAGUGCGUUCCAGCGGUCUGUGAUUCCACUAAAGACGAAGACAUUAAGGCCCUUUUUGAGAGAAUCAAAGGAGAGCAGGAUGGCAGACUGGACCUGUUGGUGAACAAUGCCUACGCUGGCGUACAGGAUAUCUUUGACAAUAUGGGUAAGAAGUUCUGGGAAACGGAUCCAUCUAUUUGGGAUUCUAUCAACAACACAGGCCUGAGGGGACACUACUUUUUCUCAGUUUAUGGGUCCCGCUUGAUGGUGGCCCAAGGCCGCGGGUUGAUAGUAACAAUUUCAUCCAUGGGUGGGCUGCAUUACCUCUUCAGCGUGCCGUACGGGGUUGGAAAAGCCGCCUGUGACAGGCUGGCCGCAGACAUGGCGGUUGAGCUGAAGAGCAGAGGAGUGACCUCCGUCAGCCUGUGGCCGGGACCGGUCCAAACAGAGCUCGUGUCGCAGUUAAUAAUCCAGAAAGAGGCACCGCAGGGUUUGAAUCCCAAGUUUCAGGAAGUGUUUUCCAAUGGGGAAACCACAGAACUAAGCGGAAAGUGCAUAGUCAGCCUGGCUAAUGACAAAAAUCUGAUGUCACUGACUGGGAAGGUGCUCAUGACGUGCGACCUGGCCAGACGCUACGGCAUUAAAGAUGUUGACGGGCGGGAUGUAAUGGAUUUCACUUCCCUAAAAUUCCUCCUGACCCAGGUCCCGUACCUCUCCUGGCUGUCAGCAGUGGUCCCGUCAUUUCUUCGCCUGCCUCGCUUUAUCCUCACUCUGGCUAAUGGCCGCUUCUAACCGUUUCCACCAUCACUCCUCGCAGUGCAGCACCGUAAACUACAGUUGUAAUGUCAGUAUUUUCAGGAAACGGACCAUUACUGAAUCACUAGAGGAACGGCAAGAAUUUACGUUCCCUACUUUUUGGAAGAAGCGGUCUUUAUGCGAUCAGAUCAGAGAUAAGGAUAGUAUUCGGUGUUGCACACGUGCUUGAGUUGCAUCAAGGAAGGUCCACGAUGAAGAAUGUUUCAUAUAAGCACUAAUAUCAGCCAAAGAUGAACCCUCAUGAUGUGAUUUUAACAGUAAGUUUCUAUUAUUCUGUACAGUUAAAAAAAUACAUUUAAAGGCCUUUUUUGCACUAACCAUUAACUAUAUUGCACUGCAUUAGUAUAGUCAUUUAAAAAAAAGAUGGGAACUGCAGCUCUUGGGUUUUAGUCAUGAGCUCCUAAUCACGUUUAAAGGACAAAAACACGAAGCUUAAUUAGCCAUAAUUAGUGACCCUUUGUCCACACAGUGAUAAAAUAUCCAUUUCUUAAAAAAGAAGAAGCUAACUUUACCUGUGAAGUCCAGCUAGCAGCUGAAAAAACAGAAUGAUUUUACAUUGAAUAUAAAGUUCUAGUGGGUUUUGUUUAGCUGGCACUGACUCAUUGUUUCUGCUUUUAUUGUUUAAAAAAAAAAACGUGUAAGUGUAGGCGUGUUGCCAGUGUUCGAGGGCCUGUUUUUCUGGCAGGAUUUUCAUUCAUACCAUCAGCCUUAUUGCCCCCUGAGAGGACCUUCAGGCAGAUGUGCAGCUAUAGAUCAGCCAGUAGGAACACCCUCUGUCAUCGGUGGUGGACUGCCACCUCAUGGCCUUUAUGUCUUACCGGUUAAAACUGGGACCACGAUAAACCAGUAGACAAUAUUCUGUCAUUUCUGCUUGUUUUCUACUUUCCUACACAUCUAAUGUAUUUUUCCAACUAACGUUCCGUUCAAUAAAGGAUUGUUUAUGUCUUGCUGUU